AUGUGUGGGGCGAGCUUGCCCCAGGUUCCAAUGUUUCCCCUUCGGGUAAAGCCUCGCUCCAACCCGCACGUACCCCAGGCGAGCGUCUACGCAGAUAAACGGCCACUUCUCCCGCUACCCGUACCUGUUGUUGACACGGCCGUCAUUGCGUUUGUUACGGCUGACACAACAUUGCAUAUUUUCAAAUUCACCUGCAGUCAUUGUGCACCGUCCAGCAUCACCAGAGUCAACAGCAAGACACCUUGCGCCAGCCAUCCCAUCAUGCUCACCCAACGAGCGUGCGCCGGUGUGCGUAGUCUAAUGCAUACACAGUAUGCCCCAGGUACUUUCGUACGGGGCUUCGCGGCCAGUACUGCCCUGCAAAAGUCAUCACGAGCCCCAGCACUCGCAGAUAUCACGCCAGAAAGCGUCGCGAGCUUCAAUGCGAAGCAAAAGGAGUUCCGCGAUGGCCAGAAGCGUAAAGAACAAGAAGAAAGAGAGGCUCGUGCUCGUGAGCACGAGAGUGGCCAGAAGAAAAGUGGAAAGCUCUCGUCGCUCAUAUAUGGUACGCCCGAGGGACGUGAGCUUGACAAGGAUAUCGAACGCAGCUUCUCCCAAGUCUUAGCUCGCGGAAAAUAUGUGCACUCAAUCGUGUUCCACCAGGUCAAGCCAGACAAAGUUGACCAAUAUACCGAGCUUGUGGGCAGCUGGUAUCCCAAAAUGGCGGCAAUUCCUGAGAACAAAGUUCAUCUAGUGGGCAGCUGGAGGACUGAGGUCGGGGACUGUAACACGUUUGUACAUAUCUGGGAGUACCAACGAUAUGAAGGCUACCACCAAUCUCUUCAUAAUAUCCAAUCACAACCCGGCUUUCCAGAGUUCGACGCGAAACUCAAAGGAUUGAUCAGCUCGAAGCACACCUCACUUAUGCAAGAGUUCUCAUUUUGGCCCACGACUCCGCCGCGCCAACUAGGUGGAAUUUUUGAGCUUCGCUCGUACACUCUACACCCAGGGAAUUUGCUUGAAUGGGAGACACACUGGCGACGAGGUCUGAAAGCCCGUCGAGAGGUCAUGGAAGGUGUUGGGGCAUGGUUCGUCCAAAUCGGAGAUCUGAAUACGGUUCACCAUUUGUGGCAAUUUGCCAACCUCGAAGAACGGAAAAUCAGGCGCGAACAGAGCUGGAACGUAGAAGGAUGGGGGGAGACGGUGCAUAAAACCGUACCGCUUAUCCAAACGAUGAAGAGCAGAAUUCUCAUACCUUGCUCGUGGAGUCCUGUAGCAUGA